GCUUGGCAUAGCUUUCGCUUAUUACGGUGUCAUCUUGGCCAGUGCCGAGUUACUGGAGAGGGACCUGGUCUGUGGCUCUGCAGCACCACCCGUGCAAGACUCCAGCGAUGACUCCGAGGAGAGCCGCAGCCCCUGCCACUGCCACUUGUUCGGGCCCGCCGCCUACCAGACCAUGAUCAUCAGCACAGUCGGAGAGAUCGCACUAAAUCCUUUGAACAUUCUUGGCAUCAAUUUCCUCGGAAGACGCCUGAGCCUGUGUAUCACCAUGGGAUGUACGGCGCUAUUCUUUCUUCUCCUUAACAUCUGCACCUCGAGUGCAGGCAUGACUGGGUUUCUCUUCAUGCUGCGUGCCUUGGUUUCAGCGAACUUCAACACCAUCUACAUUUACACAGCAGAGGUUUAUCCCACCACAAUGCGAGCCCUGGGGAUGGGAACAAGUGGGUCAUUGUGCCGUGUUGGAGCUAUGGUGGCCCCAUUUAUAUCACAAGUCCUUAUGAGUGCUUCUUUCAUCGGGGCCCUGUGUCUCUUCUCAUCUGUGUGCGUCGUGUGUGCAAUCUCUGCGUUCACACUGCCCAUCGAGACCAAGGGCAGGGCGCUGCAGCAAGUAAAAUGAAAGCAAGUGUUUGAUGUUGGAUUGGAUAGGAAAGGAAAAUAAAGCCCUUGGAAUCUGUCAUUUCCUGUGAGCUGCAUUUGAUGUUGAUUGCUUCUCCAUGCCAUUUCCAUUAUAAAAAAUUGCAACUGAACAGUGUAAGAGCUAUGAUUUGUAUAGGCAAAUGGCAAAUUUCUCAAGGACAUUCCCUUGCUUAUGAUUUCAAUAAAAAGAUGCUUUC